AUGGCGGACACAGAUACCAAAAAAGAUGUAGCUCGCACAGAUGUAGCUCGCACAAAUGAGCGAGGUAUUCCUUUUGCGCCGUUUGUGGAUCGUGUCGAGGAUUAUGUCAAUUCGCGCGCGGAUGUAGAACCGACGUUGAAGAGGUUUCAGGAGAUGAUAUCGAAAUAUCAGUUUAUGGAGGUUAAUCAACAGAAGAGGGUUGCGGGGUUGCAAAUCAAUAUGCCGGAUAUUCAGAAGACGCUGGAUACGGUGAGGUUUUUGAAGACGAGAAAGGAGGGUUCGGAUCCUCUACAGGCUACGUUUGAGUUGAAUGAUACUCUAUAUGCCAAAGCCAAGAUUCCAGCUACGGAAGAGGUUUAUCUAUGGUUAGGGGCCAAUGUUAUGUUAUCAUACCCUAUCAACGAGGCAGAAGAUUUACUUUCAAAUCGACUCGCAGCAGCGAAACAAAGUUUCUCAAAUUGUGAGGAGGAUCUCGAUUUUUUGCGAGAACAGAUUACGACUAUGGAGGUUGCUACGGCUAGGGUAUACAAUUGGGAUGUUACGAUGAAACGAAAAGAAAAGAAUGAAGAAGAGGCUGCAGAUGAAAAGGAUGGAAAGACUGGUAGUCUUGAUGAAUGA